AUGGCCGGUGCAAGUAUAAUAGGGACUUUUGGUGGCCAAGGUGGUGGGCAGUUUAGUGGUUUGGGUGGUCAUAGAGAUGGCCAAGUAUCUGCAGGGAUACAACAAAGCAUCUUAACUGGACAAGGGCAAAAAGAUGGCUUCUUCACUCAAUUACUAACUAGAGGUAAUGGGCUUUCUAUAUUGUCUAAAGGUAUGUUAAGCCCUUUGAAAUCUCAACCCCAAAACCAAGAGCGAGAGCCCGAGCCCGAGCCCGAUCCCGAACCUGAGCCCGAGCCCGAGCCCUAUGUUGUUCGUUGGCCUGAGAAUGUUGUAACUCAACAAGAACCUGAGCUUCACUAUCAGCUGCCCGAUCCUUCCCCCACGAGUAUUCAUUUGCGCGAAAUGGACUACGACGCUAAACCUAUUAGUGAACAUAAAUUGCCUCAGGUUUAUCAUGAUUUACUUGUUGAUUUUGAUGUACUGGACUAA